UUGGAAUCGCUGUUUGCUGCUAGGGAAGCUGUUGCUCAGCUUCGGUGGCGCGGUGACGCUGUAAGUGCUGGGCGAUGGUAAGAAGACGCCAGCGUCCCCCAGAAGUGGACAUGGGGUUGGUGUCAUUUGAAGACGUAGCAGUGGACUUCACUUGGCAGGAAUGGCAGGAGCUGGAUGCUGCUCAGAGGACCCUGUACAGGGACGUGAUGCUGGAGAACUAUAGGAGCCUGGUGUGGCUGGGGCACUGUUUAGCCAAACCUGAGUUGAUCUCCAAGUUGGAAGAAGGAUUUGAACCGUGGGGUGUUGCAGAAGCCACAGAGCAGUGCCUACCAGGUGUCCGUAAAUGGAGUGCCCCAGUUGAAAAAAGCCAGCAAAGUCAUGAGAAGUAUUUGAGGCAAGUCAAAAUCAUCAAGAAAAAUACAUCAGAUGAAGAUAAGGUUGAAGUAGAAAACACAUACCAUGUGGACUCCAACUGCAUUUCAAAUAUGUCUCUGAAGAAUGAAGUCUGUUCUAGAGUGUUCUUUCAGGAGCUUGUUAAUCCACUGCUAGAUGUACCUUUGCCUACUGAGGCUGGCGAGAGGCAGAGUACAGAAGUACCUCAUGAUCUGAAUAGAAUUCAGGAAGUUCUCUCAUAUCCCAAGCAUUUCACUCACCGUAGCAAGGAUCAGUAUUCACAGUGUCGUUCUCAGUGCUUUGGGUCAGAUGAAGCCUUCCACACAAAAGCAAUAUUAACACCUGAGAUGUUUUAUGUUCAGGAAACCUCUAGGACAUGCAAUAACUAUGAUAAGUCCUUUAACGAGGUAACAAUUCCUGCCCAAUAUAUGACUCAGUUAAGAAAGCAAACUUUGGGAUGGAAUAUAUGUCAUAAAAUGUUCCCGCACAAGACCGAACUUAGCAACCAUGGCAAUAUGCACACGGGAGAGAAUGAUGAUAAAUGCGAUUACGAGGAGCCUAUCACUAACAAGUCAUUACACCUUACAAAACAUCAGGAAGCGCAUGCGGGGAUGGAGCCGCAAGCACACAAAGAAAACAUCAAAUUCUUCUGCCUAGAUGCCGAGCUGCAAACAGUUGAUCCAGAACUUCACGGAGAGAAACAAGUUUACCAAUGUAAAGUAUCUGGGAAAACCUUCUGCCACCAGCCAGAGCACAUCAGCCAACAGAGAUCACACGCCGGUGAGAGAGCCUGCCAGGCUAAGGAACAUGGGGAAGCUGGCUGUGAUGAGUCAGCCCUCACCCAACACCAGAGACUUUGUACAGAGGAGAAGGCCUGUGAGGGUAAAACAUGCAGCAAGGCUUUCCACCAUAAUUCACUGCUGCCUCAGUAUCAGAGCGCUCGCGCAGACGAACAGCAAAGUGACUGCAAAGAAUUAAUGAAAAUUUACUUCUACGUAUCAAGCCCCACGGAGCAUCGCGGACCUCCUCCUCCUGAGAAACCUCACAGGUGUAAUGAUUGUCUGAAGACUUUCUCCCACAAGUCACAGCUCGCGCGACAUCAGAGAAUGCACACAGGGGAGAAACCCCAUGAAUGCAAAGAAUGCAGGAAAGCUUUCUGUCACAAGUCCCACCUAAUCCGGCAUCAGGGAAUCCACGCGCCUGAGAAACCCUACGAAUGUAAUGAAUGUAAGAAAUCUUUCUACCUGAGGUCACAGCUCACUCUACAUGAGAGAACGCACACAGGGGAGAAGCCCUUCGAGUGUAAAGAAUGCCGGAAAGCUUUCUCCCGUAAUUCACACCUCACUCAACAUCAGAAGAUUCAUACAGGUGAGAAGCCACAUAAGUGUAAAGAAUGUGGGAACGCAUUUGCCCGCAAGUCACACCUCAUUCAGCAUCAGAAAACCCACACAGGGGAGAGGCCCUAUGAAUGUAAAGAGUGCAGGAAAGCUUUCUCUCGUAAGUCCCAACUGAUGCAGCACGAAACAACUCACACUGGCGAGAGAGCCUAUGAAUGCAAAGAAUGCAGGAAAACUUUCUAUCUCAAGGCGUACCUCACUCGCCACCAGGUAAUCCAUCAAUCUGAAAAGCCGUUUGAAUGUAAGAAAUGCGGGAAAGCUUUCUCUCGGAAGUCAUACCUCACCCGACAUCAGAAGAUACACAAAGGUCAAACCCUAUCUAGGUGAGAAACUUUAGGGAUGUAAACGAUGGAGAAGGUUCUUAAGCUAGUUGGACUUAACAGGUGAGAAGCCCCAUGCAUGUAGGAAAAUGUGCUACUGUUACAUCUUGGCCGACAUCAGAAAUCCCAUGCUAGUAAUAAACCCUACAAAUGAAAAAGUAUGAAAGAAAGUUUUGCACAGGAGUUAUGUCUCACUAUAGGUCAGUGAGUAUGCCAGUGAGAAGCCAUGGGAAAUGCAGGGAUGCUGUGUUUUAAGUUACACCUCAUCAUACAUUAGUAAAUUUAUACAAGUGAGAAACCCUGUGACUAUAAAGGAUGUAGUAGAGCUGUAACCAGGGGUGAUGUAUCCAGGCAUAAAUCCUCCCAACAUAAACAGUGCAGAAAAACUUCCUACCGUCAAGCAACUCACUAGCUGCCUGAGAACUUAUAACUGCCAUUUAAGUUUCAAUAACAAGGGAAAUUUUUCAACAAGAGAGACCCCACCACCUGACAGAAAACUCCCACAGGUGAUAAGCCACGCUAAUCUAGGGGAGUUGAGAGUGCCCUGGCAAGUAAGGACUCCCAUGAGUGUAAAUGAUGCUGAGAUGUUUCAAGGAGCGCUUGCUUUUCAUCUCUGCUUUCUUAGUGUUGCUGCUUACAUCUCACUCAUACUGAGACAAGGCUAGCCUGGACAAUGGAGUUAUACACCUAUCUUUUUUUUUUUUUUCUUGAGACUAGAUUUCCCUAUGUAGACUAGGUUAGCUUCAGACUCAUGGACACUGACCUGCCUCUGC